GGCGGCCUCCCCUUUAAGAGGCGCUCACCUGGGCGCUCACCUGGGUGCGGGCGCUUCCGCAGGAAGAGGAAGCUGCACGGUCGUCGCCUCUCGGAUCGCCCCGUCCGUCUCCCAGGUCCACCGGCCUCCACCAUGUCCGCCUCAGCAGUUUUCAUUCUUGACGUCAAGGGCAAGCCCCUGAUCAGUCGCAACUAUAAGGGCGAUGUGGCCAUGAGCGAGAUUGACCAUUUCAUGCCUCUGCUUAUGCAACGGGAGGAGGAGGGUGCCCUGGCACCACUACUGAGCCAUGGCCGGGUCCACUUCCUGUGGAUCAAACACAGUAACCUCUACUUGGUGGCCACCACACUGAAGAAUGCCAAUGCCUCCAUGGUAUACUCCUUCCUCUACAAGACUGUGGAGGUCUUCUGUGAAUACUUCAAGGAGCUGGAGGAGGAGAGCAUCCGUGACAACUUUGUCAUUGUCUAUGAGCUGCUGGAUGAGCUCAUGGACUUUGGUUUCCCACAGACCACGGACAGCAAGAUCCUACAGGAGUACAUCACGCAGCAAGGCAACAAACUGGAGACUGGCAAGUCACGGGUGCCACCCACGGUAACGAACGCCGUGUCUUGGCGCUCUGAGGGCAUCAAGUACAAGAAGAAUGAGGUCUUCAUUGAUGUCAUAGAGUCUGUCAACCUACUGGUCAACGCCAAUGGCAGUGUCCUGCUGAGUGAGAUCGUGGGGACCAUCAAGCUCAAGGUGUUUCUCUCCGGAAUGCCUGAGCUGCGGCUUGGCCUCAAUGACCGCGUGCUCUUUGAGCUCACUGGCCUUUCAGGCAGCAAGAACAAGUCCGUGGAGCUGGAGGAUGUCAAAUUCCACCAGUGUGUGCGCCUCUCGCGCUUUGACAAUGACCGCACCAUCUCCUUUAUCCCGCCUGAUGGUGACUUUGAGCUUAUGUCCUACCGCCUCAGCACCCAGGUCAAGCCACUGAUAUGGAUUGAAUCUGUCAUCGAGAAGUUCUCCCAUAGCCGAGUGGAGAUCAUGGUCAAGGCCAAGGGCCAGUUUAAGAAGCAAUCAGUGGCAAAUGGCGUGGAGAUAUCUGUUCCUGUACCCAGUGAUGCUGACUCUCCACGCUUCAAGACCAGCGUGGGCAGUGCCAAGUAUGUGCCAGAAAAGAAUGUCGUUAUUUGGAGUAUCAAGUCCUUCCCAGGGGGCAAGGAGUACCUGAUGCGAGCCCACUUUGGCCUCCCCAGCGUGGAAAAGGAAGAGGUAGAUGGCCGGCCCCCCAUUGGAGUCAAGUUUGAGAUUCCCUACUUCACUGUCUCUGGCAUCCAGGUCCGUUACAUGAAGAUCAUUGAGAAAAGCGGUUACCAGGCCCUGCCCUGGGUUCGUUAUAUCACCCAGAGUGGCGAUUAUCAACUUCGUACCAGCUAGAUGGGAGAAGAAGUGGGGGUUUGAACAUGGGGGAUCCCUCUCCUCAGGGCCCCUCUGCAUAUUUUAGAGAGGAGCUGGAAAUGUGUGGUUGUGUGUGUGUGGUGGUGUUGGGGGGGGCAGGCCACUGACUUAUGCAGUUUCCUGCUCCCAGCACCCAACCCCCUCCUGUAUCUUCUACUAAUGGGCUGGGAGGGGAUGGUCUCUUUGCCUCCCUUACUCUUGGGCCCCUCCACCAUGAUUUUAUAUGAAGAAAUAUCAUAGGGGCUUGAAUCCCCCCCUCAUGAGUGCCUUCUUGCAGUGUCCUGCCUUAGAGUGUACUGGGGACCCCUCCUUCUUCACAGCUGCUGAGCCCAGAGGCUCCUCAAGCCUGUUACUCUGAGCUUUAGGAUGUCAUUAAAAUGAUGAAUCUCC